UACUAGUUUCCCCGUCACCCCGCGGCAAUGACCUGACCGCCGCUUCUAUGGCGGUCGAGACCGCCAGGGCGCGCGAAGCUCCGGGGGUCCAUGUCUCAGUGGUGCGGCUGAGCGGCGAGGUGCUGGUGGAAUGUGUGCUGGAGACCGCUGACACCUUGCAGCCGGUCUUCGGCCAGGUCCCACAUGCGGAAGGCGCCUUUUUGCUGGCGUCCCGGGACAAGCUGGUGACGCCUUCCACCCUGGUGCGGGAGCUCGAGGUCUUCGAGUCGGGGCAGGUGCUUCUGACGGUGAUCGCGCACCCUGUCCAGGCGGUCGCCUCCACACGCACGGCCUUCGCGGUGGUGACCGCCUCGGGGGCGGUGUGCGCCUGGGGCGACUCCGACAUGGGCGGCCAGCUCACGCCUACGGCGCAGAGGGAGCUGCAAAGCAACGUCCGCCGCGUGUACUCGAACGCCUUUGCCUUUGCAGCGCUCAAGGGCGACGGUUCCGUGGUCACCUGGGGCCUGCCCACCGGUGGCGGGGACUCCCGUGCCGUCAGGUCUCAGCUUCGCGGCGUCCAAGAAAUCUUCGCCACCCGCCUGGCCUUUGCCGCGCUCAAGGCGGAUGGUUCGGUCGUGGCCUGGGGAGCCGCCAGCUACGGCGGCGAGGCGCCGUCCCGUUUCACGUCGCCGGUGUGCACCGUGCGGGCGACGGACUGUGCCUUUGCCGCCCUCAGCGCCGACGGGUCAGUGACCGCCUGGGGCGACUCCUCUGGAGGUGGCGAUGCCAAAGAGGUCGCUGACGAGUUGGCGCGCGGCGAUGUCGCAGAGAUCUUCGCAUGCAAGUACGCCUUCGCCGCCAUCACCCGCAGCGGGUCGCUGCUUUGCUGGGGCAGCGCGAUCUCCACCGCCACCUUCGACCUGAUCGGAAAGUUGGACGUCCGCGUGCGCCGUGUUUUCUGUACCUCCUCAGCCUUUGCAGCCCUCACCACCGAGGGCCAGGUGCUUUGCUGGGGGGACGGCGCCAGCGGAGGGGACGCCUCCCACGUGGAGGACAGCCUUCGCGACGUGGUGGAGGUUUACGGGAACGAGGUGUCCUUUGCUGCGGUCAGGCGAGAUGGAUCAGUGGUGACCUGGGGCGGUCACUACUUAGAUUUGGACAACACCGCUCUUAGGAACCAGCUGUCGCAGGUGCGGCAUGUCUGGAGCACGUGCCUCGCCUUUGCCGCCCUGAGAGCUGACGGCUCAGUGGUCACCUGGGGCCACCGCAACCGCGGCGGGGACAGCAGCUGCGUGGCCCACAACCUGCGCCGCAUCCGCGCCAUCCGUGCCACGGACAACGCCUUCGCGGCCAUCUCUGACGAGGGAGCCGUGGUGACCUGGGGCGUGCAGGAUGCCGGCGGCAACAGCUCGGCGGUGGAGGGUUUUCUUUGCGGCGAUGUGCAUGAGGUGCACUCCACGUGCAACGCCUUCCUUGCGGUCAAGUACGACGGAUCCAUCGUGACCUGGGGCGGCCGCAAGUGCGGGGGGGAUGCCACACCAGUAGCCCAGCAGCUGCAGGUGCGAGUGUCCAGUUAGCGGCCCAAAGGCUUGCGCCAUGGCUGCGAUCUAAGUUAAACUUUGUGGACAGGGCUCAGCC